AUGGACAGCCGCCAGUUCGACAAGUUCUGCCGCGAGGCAGGCUACAUCGAUGCCAAGUUCACCACAGCGGAUGCGGAUCUGCUGUUCACAACCAUUACGGCUCGGGGCCCACGGCGACUGAGCUCCGGACAGUUCGAGGCUGCCUUGAGGCUCCUCGCAGAUCGAAAGCGCCUGUCCUUGGACUCCGUGUUCUCCAAGGUCAAGAAGAUGGCUGCACCGAGCACCGAGGGCUCUGUGGAGCGACGACAGGAGCUCGCAGGCGCCACAACUCUGCCAGAAGCUGUGCCACGCAGCCGUGCGCAAAGUUCGCCUCCCAGCGAUUCUCGGGGACCUUCCUCCCGCGAGGGCUGGUUCUAUCCGCUGGACAACGGCUACCUCCCCGGUGUCAAACGACACAGUCUUGGAGUUGACAAGGCAGAGCGGGAGUUGCUGCUCGACAGCUUCGUCAACUUCUGCUGGGGGAAGCCAGACAUGAGCAAUCGAGACUUCUUGCGGUUGUGCCGCGACUGCCGGCUUCUGAGCAGCAGGUUUACAGCGUUGGAUGCCGAUCUCCUGUUUGUGAAGGUGCUUCCAAAGGGGCAGCGCCGACUCAAAUUUGAAGACUUCGAGGCUGCUUUGAUCGAUGCGGCUGUGAGAAAGAAAGUCUCGGAAAGUGACAUUCGCCGAGCCAUUGCCUUUUGUCAUGGUCCUUUCGUAUAG